GACGAAGCGGCGAUGGCGAAGAAGAAGAAGGGCAAGAAGGGCAAGAAGGAGGAGGAAGCGCCGCCGGAAGAGCCGUCGGAGUAUGACACGAUGGACGUCGAGAUGCUCAAGGAGGUCACGCAGAUGCUUCGCCAGCAGCUUGACAAGUCGCAGGUCGACCGCAACUACGUCCAGCACGAGCGGGAUACGAUUCAGUCGUUCUACGACAUUACGAAGCGGGAAGUCGAGACGCAUGACAUGGAGAUCAUGGCCAAGGACCGCGAGAUGGAGAUGAUGGAAGACAACCACCGCGUCGAGGUCCGCGUGUACAUCCAGAAGGUCAAACACCUCGAGUACGAGCACAAGAACAACCUCAAGCGCGUCAAGACGGACGGCGGCUCGCAUAUUGACGAAGAGAAGGACAUGCACGUUCACCGCGAGCACAAGCUCAAAGGCGCAAAGCAAGCGCUCAAACUCGAACUCAAGGAGCGCGAGCUCUCGAACGAAGACGAGAUCGAGCAGAUGAAGCAGUCGCACGAGAAGAACUUGCUCAAGCUCCGCGAACAGUUUGAGAAGAACAACGCAGCGCUUGAAGACCGCCUGAAAGAGCGUCUCGCGCAGCUUCAGGAAGACCUCGAGCUCCGGCGCAAGGUCGACAUCCACGAGAUCGAAGAGCGCAAGAAUCUGCACAUCAACGACCUCAUGAAGAACCACGAGCGCGCGUUCACGCAGAUGAAAAACUACUACAACGACAUCACAAAGGACAAUCUGCGCUUGAUCGAGUCGCUCAAGAAGGAGAUCGCCGAGAUGAAGAAGAAGGCCGCGGCCAACACGAAGCUCAUGCACGACAUCUCGCACGAGAACAAGCGGCUUUCCGAGCCAUUGGCUGCCGCGAUUCAAGAGGUCGAGCGCCUUAAGCACGAGCUCAAGGACGAGCAGAAGGACAAAUUGUCGCUCCGAAACGCCAAAGCGCGGCUUGUGCUACUCGGGAAGCAACGCGUGCAGCUCAAGAAGGAGCACCAGGAACUCCUCCACGCGUACAAGACACUCGAAGCGGGCCGCAAUGCCCUCUACGACAGUUUUGAGCACACGAUCCACACGGUGCAGACCAAGGGCGAGUACAAAAACCUCGUCCUGGAGCAGCGCCUGAGCUCGUUCAGCGAGCAGCACAACAAGAAGCAAGCACAGUUGGACGAGAUUCUGCAAGCCGCGCACCUCGAGGCCGGCGAAGUGCGUCGCGUCACUGAGAAGCUCGAUACGAUGCUCUCGACCAAGAACGCAAAAGUGCGCGAUCUGCAGUACCAAGUCGCUAAAGCGAGCAAGGCGUACAACGACGCGCUGCGGACGUACGAAGGCAAGAUGUCGGACCUCGGUAUUCCAGACGAAGACAUUCGCACACUGGGCUUCAAUCCGCUCUUGACGACCACGAGCGUUGGGCCCGCUGGCUUGGUGGCCAAAUAAGUCAAUCGCAAGCUUUUCCCUG